GUUGUGAGCAGAGCAGGCAGGUGAAAGGGGAGGCGCUAGCUAGUAAGCGGCUCCUGGCCUGGUGCUACAAUGGCUAGUGACGAGAACAUUUGCUCCCCCUUAGGCUUAAAAUCGUUCGUUUGGAGGCACUUCGGAUGCCAGAAAAAAGAUGGAUCAACGGACAAGAGGCGUGCUGUUUGCAAAUACUGCCAUGCGGUGAUAAAAUACUCUGGGAACACCACAAAUCUCGCCGCACAUCUAAAAAGAAAACACGACAUCUCUCCCUCAAGCAGCGGCCGCGAAAACAACACAGACACGACGCCCUCCGUGAGCACAUUUUUCCCCCAAAUGCUAAGUAAAAACUCUAAACGAGCUAAAUCCAUCACUGCUGCAAUUUCAUAUCAUAUCUGUAAAGACUUGAGACCGUUUAGUAGCGUGGAGGGUGAGGGAUUUUCCGAGUUAAUGAAUACGCUAGAGCCCAGAUAUACAAUACCAUCGAGACAGUACUUUAGUGAAACAUGUGUACCACGUCUAUAUACCCGUGUUAAAGCGGAGGUAUUACACGAACUAAAGGAAGCAGGACGGGUUGCUAUCACUGCAGAUGGAUGGACUUCUCGCUCAACUGAAGCCUACAUUACGGUCACUUGCCACUACAUUGAUACAGCAUGGACAUUGCAGAUAAAAACCCAGCUCUUGUAACUGACAAUGCCAGGAACAUGACCGUAGCAGGAAUAGAGGCGCAUCUGUCACCGCACAUAAAAUGUUUUGGACAUACUAUCAACUUGGCAACUCAAAAAGGACUCAAAUGCAAUGAUGCUGCCUGUCUUUUAGGUAGAGUACGCCGUGUUGUGAGUUUUUUUCACCGCAGCACGCUGGCCAAUGCUGUGUUAAAAGAGAAACAAAAACUACUUGAUCUCCCACCACACAAACUCAUCCAAGAUGUCAUCACACGUUGGAACAGCUCGUUUGAUAUGGUGGAGCGUUUUUUGGAGCAACAGGCUGCUGUGUGUGCUGCACAGCUUGAUCAAAAAAUCAGAAAGUCCAUGAAGAAUGAUUUACAAACACUAAAUGAAGAUGACAUAUCCACAGCUGAAGAAAUUAUACAGUUACUGAGGCCUGUGAAAACUGCAACUACAAUAAUGUGUGAGGAGGCACAACCAACUAUCUCAGUCAUUGCUCCACUGAAAAGUAAAUUGAUUGAACAUUUCAGUGUCUGUGAGGAUGACAUGCCACUGAUCAAAGAAAUGAAACAAACAAUGGCCAAAGAGCUCAAGCAUCGUUACACAGAUGUCCAAGAAGUAUUAAACACUGCAGCUGCCCUUGAUGCAAGAUUCAAGACCCUGCCCUUUCUGUGCAAAGAGGAGAGGGAUGCCACAUUCAAGAAUAUCAUAAAUGAGGCUGCACACUUGUGGGACCAAAAAGAAGACACACAGGCUCAUGAUGCCACUGCAAUGGAGGAAACUCACACAACACACCCAUCUGAAGAGGCAUGUGAUGAUGAGUUCCAUGCUUCAGAAUAUGUUCCUGUCUCAAAAAAAAACAAAGCAAUGGAGGAUCUGUUUGGGGACACAUACACUGCGAGCAGCAACUUCGUGAAAACAUCCAAGCAGCUGGCAGAGAUGGAAGUAAAUAGAUACAAAGAGACUGAAUUAUUAACACUCAAAAGUAAUCUGUUAGAAUGGUGGGGAAGUCAUGAAAUGGAGUUUUCCCUCCUUGCAAAUCUAGCCAAAACCUAUCUCUGUAUUCCUGCAACAAGCGUGCCCUCCGAGCGUGUAUUCAGCACUGCAGGUGACAUUGUCCGCUCAGAACGUAGUGUUUUGACACCUGAGCAUGUCGAUCACUUGAUUUUCUUGAAGAAGAACCUAACAAAGAACGCACUAUCAUAAAUCUCAAUGCACUAAGCAAACAUGUGACAAACUACUUUUGAUUUUUUUACUACAUGUUGUAUUAUUGUCCAUAUUGAACAGUUCAAAGAGUAAACAGCGUGUAAUGUUAAAAUUCUAUAUAAAGAGUUAUAAAUUAAGUUAUUUUUGUUUCAUAGAAGAGUUAAAUGACAACAUACAUAUUUUAUUUAUGUAUAGUUCUCUGGUAUUGCAAAUGUUUUUUUUUGCAUUUGGGUGCUCAAAGUGUAAUGUUUACUACUUUCAUUAUAAAGAACUUGUUUUUGUUUUGUUCAGUAAUGCACUUUAUCAUAAAUUCCAAUGCACUGAGCAAACAUGUGACAAACUACUUUUGAUUUUUUACUACAUGUUGUAUUAUUGGCCAUAUUGAACAGUUCAAAGAGUAAAGAGUUGGAUGGUCAAGUUGUAAUGUUUACUACUUUCAUUAUAAAGAACUUGUUUUUGUUUUGUUCAGUAAUGCACUUUAUCAUAACUUUAUCAUAUCACUUUAUCUACUUUGUAUACUACUAAAUGUAAUUUCCUAAAUAAAGAGUUUGCAGUA